AUGAGCGAUUAUUGGCCCCAGCACUUCCCACCGAGGGGAAUAGUACCAGAUGCCGAGGUGUAUGAUCAAUUUAUCAGCGCGUCCACGCUGCAGUGGUGGUAUGCCAAUGCGCACCUCACGGUGAAGGGUGAGGAUAAAUCGUCCCUGGCAUUUUUCGCUUCCUUCUUCAGGCAGGCGGGGGACAACUGUCCGACAGCCACUACGAAAUACUACGACGCUUGUGUGUGGGCCCUUAUCGACUUGGAAAACAAGAAAUAUUAUGCGGAUAGCGCGCUCGACCCCGAGUCAAUCGAACAGCUGAAGCUUCGCCUUGAUCCAGCAGUGAUUGGUCGGAACUUGGAGCACGUGGAGCUCGCGCUACUGGAGCUUCUCAACAAGGGGGGUUUGCCGCGCCCAGACCGUCUCCUGAAGGAGAAGGCGGUUUACACACAGCAGCCCUUUAGCAUCACACUGGACGACAGCUGCAUGAUGCGGGUCGCACAAGAGGGACCAGCGCGGCGCUAUACUUUCUCAAUGACGAACGCGGCGGAUGAGGUUUAUGUGGAGGUGUGCUUGGAGACGCAGCAGGAGCCAGUGCUCCAUGGAAAGGACGGACUUGUGAACGGCAUGUACUACUACUAUUUCCCGUCGAUGAGCGUGACGGGGUAUGUUGUGUUAAAGGGUGUGAAGCGCGAGGUGACGGGCUUGGGGUGGUAUGACCGUGAGCUGGAGGGGUCUAACUGUGAGGUCGGCCGCGAGUCCAAGUACAAUUGGUCGUGGCUGUCUCUUCAUGCCUCGAACAUGUCGCAAUUGAGCAUUUUCCUCGUCUCAGGUGACACUGAAUCCGAGGCGAAAGAGAAGUGUCUCGUGGAGACGCGAGCGGAUGGUAGUUGCCAUUUCCACGACGAUGUGAUCAUAGAGACGAAUAAGACGUGGUCAAGCCUUGUUACGUUCAUGCAGUAUCCGUCUGAGCUUCGCCUAUGCUCGGCGUCGAUGGGACUGGACGUGACGAUUCACACGGCCUUUGCUGCGCAGGAGAUCGGCACGGUUCUGGUUGGCGGUGCGGGAUUCUACGAGGGUGUCGUGGAGGGCAGUGGCGUGUGCGGCGGAGACGCCGUGACGCUGCGCGGCUUCUUGGAGUACAAGAGGAGUGUCGCACCGUAUAGCAACACGUUGGAGCUGCUGAAGUGCGUUGGGUCGUAUGUGCAUGAUGCGCUCGAGGAGAUUUAUCCGCUGACCGCGUCCGAUUCUUGGGUCUCUGAGAAUGUACUGGGACGCUAUGCGGUGAAUCGAGGGGCGCCUGCGGACAAGAUCUGUGAAACUCUGUUCCGACCUGUGCGCUCCAUCAUCGACCGUGGCGGCAAGUCGUGGCGUAGCCUGAUCUUUGUGAGCUGCUGCAAUGCGUUGUCUCGUCAGUACUUCGACUGCAGCCGCUACAUUGCGGUAGCCGAGCUGCUGCACGUGGGGUCUCUGAUCAUCGAUGACAUUCAGGACAACUCCGUGGUGCGCCGCGGCGGCAAAUGUGUGCACGUGGAGUACGGCGUUGCGACUGCCAUCAACGCUGGCAGUGCUUGCUACUUUAUGGGGCCGCGUGCCGCCCGCAUCCAGGACCUCCCACCGGAGAAGGCUAGCCGUAUCUACAAGCUUUACUUCGACGUGCUGCUCGCUGGGCACGCGGGUCAAGGCUUGGAUAUCUACCGCCUCGACUACCUGAUGCCUAAAGUCGUAGAGACCGGCGAUACGAGCACGCUGGUCGAUGCGCUCGAUGCGAUUCACACAUACAAAACGGGUGCUGCAGUAGGAGCACUCUGCUCCAUGGCGUGUGUGCUCUGUGAGACACCUACGGUUUUGUCGGAGGCUAUGGAGAGGUUCGGCCUCACGCUGGGUCUCGCAUUCCAGAUCGUUGACGAUGCGCUAAACAUCCGCGGCUUUGAAGGAGAUCUGAAAGAGGAAGCGGAAGACAUUAAGGACGGUAAGAUUACAUACCCGAUCGCUAUUGCGAUGGGCCGUCUUAAGGCCGCGGACCGGCAGGCACUCUGGUCAAUUCUGCAGAAGCCGACAAAGGAAGCGGCAGACAUCCACCAGGCAGUUGAGCUCAUCACGAAAGUUGACGCUACGUCAGAGUGCUUUCUGAUUGCGCGCCACCAGCUUCAGGAGAUGUGGAACUUCCUGGACCCGCUGCUCGAGGACUCCUUUCCGAAGCUGCUGAUGCGCACAUUCUGCUCUUUCCUUGUGGAGCGCACGUACUGA